UACGCCAUCAGCUUGCGCCGCGCCGCGCCGCCUGGUGUUAUUCCGCCCCGCAGGCGGGGCUGUCGGCCUCCUGUUGCCAUCUGGUCGGGCUAUGGUUCCGACCGGUGUUGUGUAAGUUUUGCAGCCUAGGCUCCUGACACUACCCUGGUCCUGAUGGCGGCGGCGGCGGCGGCAGCAGCAGCCCUGGCGCCGGCCGACCCCCCUCCCGCGAUGCCGCAGGCGGCAGGAGCUGGAGGGCCCACAGCCCGCAGGGAUUUCUACUGGCUGCGCUCCUUUCUGGCCGGAGGUAUUGCCGGAUGCUGUGCCAAAACAACAGUUGCCCCAUUGGAUCGAGUAAAAGUUUUAUUACAAGCUCACAAUCACCAUUACAAGCAUUUAGGAGUAUUUUCUGCAUUGUUUGCUGUUCCCCGAAAAGAAGGAUUCCUUGGGUUGUAUAAAGGAAAUGGUGCAAUGAUGAUUCGAAUCUUUCCCUAUGGCGCAAUCCAGUUUAUGGCAUUUGAGCAUUAUAAAACGUUUAUUACUACAAAGCUGGGAGUUUCGGGUCAUGUGCAUAGAUUAAUGGCUGGAUCCAUGGCAGGUAUGACAGCAGUUAUCUGUACUUACCCUCUUGACAUGGUUAGGGUCCGCCUAGCAUUCCAGGUGAAAGGGGAACACACCUAUACAGGAAUUAUUCAUGCAUUCAAAACUAUUUAUGCAAAGGAAGGUGGUUUCUUUGGAUUUUACAGAGGCCUGAUGCCUACUAUUUUAGGAAUGGCUCCAUAUGCAGGUGUUUCAUUUUUCACUUUUGGUACUUUAAAGAGUGUUGGGCUUUCCCAUGCCCCUACCCUUCUUGGCAGACCUUCAUCAGACAAUCCCAAUGUCUUAGUUUUGAAAACUCACAUAAACUUACUUUGUGGUGGUGUUGCUGGAGCAAUAGCACAGACAAUAUCCUACCCAUUUGAUGUAACUCGUCGGCGAAUGCAGUUAGGAACUGUUCUGCCAGAAUUUGAAAAGUGCCUUACCAUGCGGGAUACUAUGAAGUAUGUCUAUGGACACCAUGGAAUUCGGAAAGGACUCUAUCGUGGUUUAUCUCUUAAUUACAUUCGCUGCGUUCCCUCUCAAGCAGUAGCUUUUACAACAUAUGAACUUAUGAAGCAGUUUUUUCACCUCAACUGAAAAAAAAAUCAUGAUAGAUUACCCAAAGUGCAUCUUGCCAGGUUAUCUUCCAUUUGAAGAUUGAGAUUUUAUGUCUUUUUUGAACUUUAUUGUUCCUCUCUUCCAGCUCUCAGUGGGUAUAGCUCUCUGGUCUGUAUAAUGGGACAGUGGUCUGGCCUACGGAUUGAUAAGUGAGGUUUGCCUCCUAGUUUUCAGUGAUUGCCUGUAGAAGAUGGAGAAGUUACUGGAUAUAUUUAAUGAUAUCUCAUUUCAUUCCUUUUUUUUUUUUUAAAUGAUAGAGUUUUACUUGGUUGCCAAGCUGGAGGGCAGUGGCGUGAUCUUGGCUCACUGUAACUUCCACCUCCGGGGUUCAAACGAUUCUCCUUUGUCAUCUUUCUAAGUAACUGAGAUUACCUCCAUGUCCUACCAUGUCUAGCUGAGUUUUAUAUUUUUCUUUUU